GUCGUACAAAAUCACCGCAGAAUCGACAUUUUUAAAGAAGACGAUGAAUUGUUUAAAAGCAGUUAUUUUAUUAUGGACCGGCAUCAUAGCUUUCAAUGCAUCGGUGACCGCUUAUGAGAUUGAUGGUAGGGACUUACGUGUAUUUACAGUAAAAUAUUGUGGAGGAGUGCUUAAAAGUAUAGAAGUAUACUAUAUGGAUAUACGUAAUGCACAGCCGCUGUUGAAUCGCUUUGAUUACUUCAGGGUGACAGGAAAUAUUGGACCUAUACGACGCUUAGUGAUACCUUAUAAUCAAUCGCCGUGUGAUGGAGAAAUACAGGAAAUCGAAUUGCCCGUAAAGUUACUGAAGUCAACAGCCAAGCAGUUAAAAUUGACACCAUCACAAAAUUUAAUGUCAAGGAAAUGA